AUGUCACUCCAUUGUGAGCCCGUCCUUGUCAUCGCAUGCGCCGUGAGUGUCGGCCUUCUCACCAAAGACAAGAGGGCGGGCAACAACAGAAUGCUGUGUCUCAGCCAUCCAGACGUAGUAUGCCGACGGCAAGGUCGGUCCAAGUGGUGGCGGGUUUUGUUUGAAUCAGGCGAGGGAUGGGCUGUUUGUGGUCCCACUGGAUGCCGGCGCGACCCCGCUGUGGGAACGGCAUCACGCUGUUCAGUUGCGCCCGGGUCUGGUCUUUCUGAUCCUGUUGCUGUUCCUGUUGCUGUUCCUGGUUCUGAUGCUUGGAGGAUCUCGUGGGACUCUGCCGAGGGAUGGGAAAUGGGGGCUUAUUGCUUUCCAUCCACAGCGCGUGCUCGUCGAUGUAUCUUGAAGAAGGGCGAUUGCCUUGGCACCUCUCCCCUCAUCCUUCUCUCUCUCUCCCCAUAG